GGUGUUGGUUGGCAGCCUCGCCCUUUACCCUUCCGCAGUCGAUCCCACAAGAAAGGUUAGGGUUCCCAAAUUAUUACGGAUCGAUUCCGGUAGAGCGCCCAAACCCAGAUCUCGCUGGUCGCGUCGGGUUUAGUUACAUAUUUGGAAAGAUGGAUGGCCUUUGGAAAUUGGGGGACGAAUUCCGAGGUCAAACAAAGAUCUCAGAGGACCAUCAGUGGUCUGUUAUGACAUCCAAACUGGCUGAGCUGACAAGGUCGAAAGUUGACCGUAGGAAUAACCUGGAUUAUCCAAGGAACAUCAUUGAAGCUAAACCAUAUGACAAGGUUGGGUUUCAGGAAGAUAACAAAUUUGAGAAUCUCAAUCUUGGUCUUAUGAACCUGGAUGUCAAGAUGAAUGAUGCUUCGGUCAAGAGUCUCUUCCAUGGUGCUUUUAGCAUGAGCAAUGCUUAUCAGAAAAUCAACUCUAAUGAUGUCAACAGUUUCAAGUUGGGCACUGCAAUCAACAAGUAUGCUAAGAACUCUAGCAACAAAGAUGUCAACAAUUACAAUAAGAGUGAUGGAAACAGCAAUAACAAUAACAACAGCAGCAACGGUAAUAACAAUAAUAACAACAACAAUGUUGUUGACAAGAGGUUUAAGACAUUGCCGUCAACUGAGAUGCUCCCAAGAAAUGAGAUUCUUGGUGGUUAUAUAUUUGUUUGUAACAAUGACACCAUGCAGGAAGAUCUCAAGCGACAACUAUUUGGUUUGCCUCCCAGGUAUCGUGAUUCUGUCCGUGCCAUUACUCCAGGUUUACCCCUCUUCCUGUACAACUACACAACUCAUCAGCUGCAUGGGAUAUUUGAGGCUGCUAGCUUUGGUGGUUCUAACAUUGACCCAACAGCCUGGGAAGAUAAGAAGUGCAAAGGCGAGUCCAGGUUUCCUGCACAGGUGAGGAUCCGUGUUAGAAAGCUUUGUAAGCCUCUUGAAGAAGAUGCAUUUAGGCCAGUUUUGCAUCAUUAUGAUGGUCCAAAAUUUCGUCUUGAACUCUCCAUAUCAGAGACUUUGCAGCUGCUAGACUUAUGCGAGAAAGAGGGCAUGUGAGGGCUCUAAUAAAAUAAAUGUGGCACGUAAAACAUUUGCGUGCGUUUUGAAGGCUCUGGACAAUCUACUACCCACCCUAAGGUUGCUCGCCCGCGCCCACAAGAAGGAUGUUGGUGUUUUGUGGGUGGCCCUCGUUUUGGCUAUAUCCCAGAGUUGAGGAUCAAGAAAUGUAAUCCACCCCUAUCAUAAUGCCCCCUUUUGUGGGACAAAACAAUGGUUUCGAGUCUCUCGUGUGGUCAAACGUGAUUAGCUGUCGUGUGAAUUGUCCUGUGUUCCAGAUGUAUGCUCUUUGUAACACUAAAAUAAUAGCGGCGCAUAUGUCGUCAGUUUUCGUUCCUGAA